AUGGCUCUCCAGGAAGUCCUCUCCACCUUGGUGUCCAGCACCGAGCCCAUGACCAACGCUACGUUCAAGAGCAGCGAAGGCCCGUCUCCGGCGCCGCGCCAUGGGGCAUCGCAGUCCGAUCUGAAGUCUCUGCUCCUGACUUUGCUGUCGUUCUCUGCGUUGCAGGACUGGAUCAAGCUCAUCAUCAUUGGUGGAUUCUUCGAGGCUUCCAGGCGUGUGGCCAUGUCACUUUACUCCCAGCUUGUCAACGCGUUCUUCAUCACUGUGUCCUUCGAGGAGGACGAUCCAAGCUACGACUGGAUGAUGGUCUGGCUGUCAAAGCAGAAGACAUGGAACAAGGCUCGUCAGUAUCAGGUUAGCACGAAGAGCUUUGGGCUGGACAACCUCGCCAUUGCUAUCCCUGGAGACGACGAUGAACACACGGGUAGCUCCAAUCGAAAAUUGGCAUAUUUGCCGUCUACAUCUUCCUCAUAUUCGCUGUGGUAUAAACGGCACUGGAUUACCGUUUCUCGACAGCGCACGGUUGGAAGCUUCACGGAAUCGCUCGUCCUCAGUAUUUUCGCCCGAUCCCAUACCGUUCUCAAUGAAAUACUCCGCGAUGCCAAACAGCAGUAUACAUCUUCCCAGGAGCACAAAAUCUCCAUCUAUAUCUGCGAUAAGUCCAAUAGCUGGCGCCUUGCCGCGACACGCCCCAAACGCCCCCUACACUCCAUCGUCCUCGAGCCUGGUGUUAAGGAGCUUCUGGUCGAUGAUGCCCGGGAUUUCCUUGAUAACAAAUCUUGGUAUGUCGACCGUGGUAUCCCCUUUCGCCGAGGUUACCUCUUGUACGGAGCUCCCGGCUCAGGAAAAACUUCAACGAUCCACAGCAUAGCAGGAGAACUCGGGUUGGACGUCUAUAUUAUAUCUCUGUCAAGAGCGGGGUUGGACGACAGCUCUUUGAACGAACUAGUUUCUGAUUUGCCUGAACGCUGCAUAGCCUUAAUGGAAGACAUAGACGCAGCCUUCCACCAUGGCAUCAACCGAGAAGCAAAAACUAAUGUCGGCGAUACCGAUAGUCGCGACUUCUCAACCAGCCGUUUGAGUCUAAGUGGUCUUCUAAACGCACUCGAUGGGGUAGGCGCUCAGGAAGGGCGUAUUCUAUAUGCGACCACGAAUAAAUACCUCAAUCUGGAUCCGGCGCUGUGCCGGCCAGGUCGCAUGGAUAUUCAUGUGGAGUUCAGACUAGCGAGCAAGUUCCAGACGUACGAGUUGUUCCGGCGAUUCUAUCUACCUUCUGGCGCGGAGGACGUUGAUUCAAAUGAUGAAGAGGAAGACGAGGACGAGAAAGGCAGUGAUGGGGAGGGUUCUGAUUCAGGGUAUGGAGAAUCGUUGGACGGAGACGCGAAUGACUCGGAGAUGUCACUGUUAAUGAGUUCGUCCGGCCCAACGUCUACAUCGCCUUUUGCUCAGGGGAGGCCCCCUGUCACUGGCAGUGCGCAUUGCCAGCGGGCACCCAAGCUGUCGCGUCGCCGGCUGGCAAAACUUGCCCAUUCCUUUGCCGACGCAAUACCAGAGAGGGAGUUUUCGAUGGCGGCCUUGCAGGGCUACCUCAUGGGGUACAAGAUUCGUCCGUUCGAAGCUGUUAGAGAUAUUCCGGGAUGGUUAGAGGCGGAGAAGGAGAAACAGAAGAUCCAUCAACGGGGAGCUGCUCCAAAACCUUUGGCUCGAUUAGCACCUGCCUUGCUGGACACCAAAUCAGAACCGUAUCAGCUUCCAACUCCUCUGACCCCAACAUCACCGGUUCGACUGGAUCAUUGUAUAGAUGGAUAG